GCCUUGAGUAAGUCUUCUCCUCUUCCAUGCAAUGGACCGCUUUUCCUGACGCAUCAACAGACACGCCGCCCACUACCAGCACAAUGGUAGACAGGGAGGCGCCAUCGCCGCCUCCGCCAGUGGAUCUCCGGACGCAGGUAGAAAUCUCAGAAGCCAGCGCGCUCGAACUCACCGAGAGCGAUUUGGACCCGGAGGAGGUCAUCUUCGAAGGACGCGGCAGACGCAAGAGCCCGCGGGCAGAAGAAGCUGGCAUCCAGGCGCGGAGGCUGCUCCUCAAAACUUCCAGAGACUCUCCAUCGGCCGGUCACCAGCUUGAAGUGCACUCCUGUCCUUCACAGCCGAGUACACCAGAAACAAGAGUCUUCGGCAUCUACAAGCUCGCAGAACGCAUCUUCACAAACAUGUCGCCGGAAGACCUGCUUCUCAACGCCACGAGAGUAUGCAAGCAGUGGUAUGCCGUGAUCUCAUUGUCGCUCGAUCUACAGCGAAAGCUCUUCUUCAUCCCAGAGGAGGGGCAGUGGGCACAGUACGUGAAACCAGUCCUGCGCAAAGGCUACUUCGUGGAAGAAAACGACGACUCAAAGCGCAUCGAAGUCGCCAUCAAUCCCUUCAUGACUUCGCGCCUGAGGAAGGAUCUUGAAGCGCUCGAGGGAUACGGGACUACGAAACGCGGCGCGAGCACUGCACAUGCGAAUCUGCUGAAGCAGCGCAAAAGGGCUCUUCUCCAGGAAGGAGCGAGCUAUUGUCGCAUGCUCGCUUUCCAGCCGCCGCUGGUUUCCGUGCACUUUCUCGAGGCUGAGGAUGAGCGUGACGAGUUGGAUCGUAUGUACGAUGCAUGGGAGGUUGCGAAGCAGGAGGAGGGAAUUUUGAUUUGGGACACGAUUCUGCGUCAGGAGCUGAGGUAUCGCUACAAGCGCAAGCCGGUGGAGUUGGAAGCUUUCAAGGGACGCAAGUGA